AUGUCGGACCUCCUCUCGUCGUACAGCUCGGACCUGAGCACGCUGGUGUCGUCGGUACGCUCCAAGGUCGACUCGCUGCCCGCCGGUGGCGAGCCUCGCAAGGCCUCGCUGCGCCGGCUCGACAUGGAGCUGGAAGAGUGCGGCGAGAUCCUGUCGCAGAUGGAGCUCGAGAUAUCCUCGUUCCCGCAGUCGGUGCGGUCGCGGUACAUGGUCGAGCUGCGGGGCCAAAAGGGCGAGGUCGAGGCGCUCAAGCGCGAGGUCAAGAGCGCCUUCAACGCCACCUCGGGCGGCGGCGGCGGCGGGUACAAUGUUGCGCUGGAAGAAGGCAACGGGGGCGAUCUGGAGGCGCAGAGCACGAGGAGCCAGAGGGAGCGGCUGCUCCAGGGGACGGCCACGCUCGAGGACGGAACGAGACGGCUCGAGGAGAGCCAGCGGCUGGCGCUCGAGACCGAGGACAUGGGCGCCGACAUCCUGAGGGAUCUGCGGGGUCAGAGGGAGCAGAUUGAGCACUCGAGAGAUACGCUGAGGCAAGCCGAUGCCAACAUUGACCGGUCGUCUCGGACGCUGAGCAAGAUGAUCCGAAGGGCCAAGCAGCAGAAACUGGUCACCAUGGGCAUCGUGACGGUGCUGGUGCUGCUGAUCCUGUUGAUCCUCUACUCGAAGUUCUGA